AUGCAACUUAAGAAAGCUGGUAAAUGCCGCCAGGCGGUCUCUAUGACCGUCUUGGUCAGCGCUGUCCUGUCGGGUCAUACAUGGGCUGCACCGUAUACUCUACAGAGCGAUCCGUUCAAGGUGUUGGAUCCGCAGAAUUGGGUAAAUCCCGAUAACAUGACCUGGGCAGAUUACAAAACACCUCCGGGGACGUCCUGGUCUGAUCCAAGCCGUAAAGGUUCCGUUCGAAAUUUCAAUAUUGCUCUCGUGGCCGUUGACUACCCGGACGAGCCCUUCGUCAUUACGCGGGCGCCAAACUCGACCGUUUUCGGCAACCCGCAGCUAAUCGUAUCUGGUCUCGACCGUACGGAGGUCCCGGCCUUUUAUCGUGAUUUUCUAAACAAGCCCAGCGACCUCAAUCACAAUCACACUCUCCAUGAGUAUUGGAUGGAGGAUUCAGGUGGGCGAUUUGGAGUGGAUUUGACAGCUUUUGGUGCUUAUCAACUGCCCAGCCGUUCAUAUCAGUAUGGUAUUGAUGAUGAGCGGGGCGGAUUCAACGAGGGUGCUUGUCCAUCUGAAGGGCCGUGUUCUAUAGACCUGCGAACAGACGCUCUAGGAGCCUGGCGUGCCGACGUAGGUAGCGACACCGCCGAUUCCUUUGAGCUAGUCUUCAUUCUCUCGGCUGGUCAAGAUGAAUCUUCCACAUGGCAAGAGUUUGGCGAGAUGAAAUUCCUCACUCCUGAGGACGUGCCAGACGAGUUCGGGCCUCCGGGUGAUGACAGUCUCCCCAAUUAUGCCGCAACGAGAUACGUGAAUUGGACAUCUUGGCAGGCGGCGAGCGUAAUCUGGCCAAAUGCGGGCGGCGGCUCGUCCACGCAGGGAGAAAGCUCGGGGAUGUCUACCUACGCCCACGAAUUAACUCACUUGCUAGGUAUCGGCGAUAAUUAUAACAACCCGUAUAGCGACCCGCCGCGUCGCGCUUACACGGGCCCUUGGUCGAUGUUAUCCCGAGGCAGCUUCAAUGGUCCGGGCGGCCCGCACACACGAUGGCAGAUUCCAGCAACUCUUGGCGGAAGCUUGGGCUCCCUUCAUACCGUUUCGGAUAAGCUGCGCAUUAAUCUAGCUGACAACUCGAGCGUGCUUGCGGUCUCGCGUGAGGCUUUAUCCAGCUCUGGCCCCGUAGUUGCUGAGAUCACCGCGAGAUGCAUCAAUCCAGGAGAAGGGGAAUUGUUAGGUUUGCGCGUCAUUCUAGGCAAAGAUCUUUCUCCAUUCUGCAACAUCAGCACCGAUGCUCUUUGCGAUGGUGGCCGUUACAACAACUACGAUAUCGAAGUCAUUGACAGAAUGGGUGCCGACUCGUUUACUCCUGACUCGGGAGUCAUGAUCAGCAAGACUAAGGAUGUUGAUAGUGCUCCUUUCCAGUGGACAAUCGAUGCCAACCCGCAGGACAUCGAUGUCAUUGACUUCUACCGACCCGAUGGCACAGCCUCCAAGCUGACCAUUGGCGACUAUCGCCAACUAGCCGAUGCGUUGUUCCAUGCAGGCACACGAUCGGGUAGUGAGUAUGAAUACACCGACGAAGCGAAUCGGUUGCAUUUCUACAUCAUUAACAUCCGUCGCGACAACGUUGGCAUCCUUCACUACACUGUGGGUGUACGAUCGCUUGACGGUAGCGGGCCUAGCACCCACAGCGUGGAUCUAAGUGAGGGUCGAAUUGCAGAGGGACCGAGAGCUAGGGCCAGCGUUAAUGGGGUGACAUGCGCGUUCCGCUUAACCAAUUCUGGCACAUACGCGGACAAUAACGCGGCGCAUCCCCAAGAUCUGUCCGCAUAUCUGAACUCAGAUAUAUAUCGACUCAGCGCCGAGGUAGAUGGCGAGGGGUGGCGUGUCGAGGUACCAAACGCGCUGACAACUGCUAAAUUCGGCUCGUCGAGUACGGUCAAUGUAGCUGUUGGUGCUGCAGUAGAGGCCGUGAAUAGUGCAGUUGUUAGAUUAACAGCUACUUCUGAAUCCGACCCGACUAUUUCCAUCACCAAGGAGUGCCAGGUCAAGAACAACACAUUCGACCCCAACACCGACGUGCCAAACCUGAGCGAGAAGGUCUUCGUAGUGACAGGCGGCAGCGCGGGCAUCGAGUAUGGAAUAUCGGCACAUAUCCUGCAGCACGGUCCCGCAAAGCUGUAUCUUCUCGGAAAGAAAGAGGAGCACCUAACUGAAGCCGAAGAGGAUCUCAAAAAUUAUGGCGAUGUCUCACGUGUCGAAUUUAUCAAGUGCGAGCUCGAGGAUCUUAGGCAUACGGAUGAGGUAGCGCGAAACUUAGCAUCGAAACUUGAUCGUCUAGAUGAUCUUGUUCUCAAUGCCGGGCUCGGUGUUGGGAAAUACAACGAGACUAAGGACGCUCCUGACAGCCAUAUGCAAGUCAACGUGAUCGCACAACACCACCUCGCGCGAGUUUUGCUUCCGAAACUUAUCGCAACACGCACCAGCGGUGUCGAGUUUAGGGACGUCGCGGAGAUAAACCAGGAUAUUGGGCCUACUAAACUAUACUCGCGCUCUAAACUUGCGCAGGUGCUACUAUGCAGGGCAUUCAAUCGACGCAAGCAGCGUGGCGAGCUAGGUCUCGCGCCUGGGAUGGGGCCAUGGAUUAAUGCUACGCACCCUGGCGGCGUGAAUACAGAUCAGCCAGAUCAGGCUCUUGACGCAUACAGAGCCGUCGGCAGUAUACCUAUUCAGGCCGCAAGGCCGUUCAUGAAGGAGCCGGUUGAGGAAGGGUGUCAACCCAUAUUGUUCGCAGCAACGAGCGAUGCCGUCGCGGAGGGGAAUAUCGAUGGACAGUAUAUCAUACCAGAUAGGAAAGUUUCGGAUGUUAGCAAUCAGGCCAAGGAUGAGGGACUCCAGGAGAGGUGUUGGAGAUUAGUAGAGGGAAUUUUCAAGGAGAAAUUGAGAAAUCUACCUUAUGAUACAAAUUAG